AUGCCCGCAGAGACUCCGGACGAGAAACAAUGUCGCAUAUGUCUUGAUGGUCCUGAUCCUGAAUUGGGUCGGCUCAUACGGCCGUGUCAGUGUCGAGGGUCGAUCAGUUAUGUGCACGUCAAGUGCCUCCAGCGUUGGCGGAACUCUUCAGAGACCGCCUUCUUUGCGUGUCCACAGUGCAACUAUCGUUACCACUUCGCACGCACCAGAGUCGUGGGCAUCGCGACCAACCCUGUUGUUGUUGGAGCAGUGUCGUCCGUAUUGUUUACGCUCCUCGUCCUGUGCUCUUCAUUCGUCACGACCUAUUUCCUGAGUUCCCUAGAGGACAGUCCAGUGGAUGGCUACUACUACGUAUCUUUCUGGCCCUACGAUGUUGUCAGAGAUAUUGUACGUGCCGCGAUUCGGAUUAUGCAAGAUCAAGAUGCCAUUCUGGACGACACUCUCGUAGGCGGGCGAAUUCGGCGGCCUCGACCAUCUACUCCCAUUCCCAUGAAACCUCCGGGUCUGCUGAAGCGAUUGGCGCAGCGGUUUCUAUUGGGUCUUCCCGUGGUUGGUGCGGGAUCGCUGGUGCACAUGCUGUUGUCAAUGCCUUUCCCAAUCGGGUGGCUUGCUCGUUAUCGGGCCACCCGUAGUAGGCGGGGUGGCGGAGACCUUGCGACCAUAGUAAUUGUGGUCCUUAUCAUUGUCGGAGCUGCCCGUACGCUCCUGAAGGUCUACGGCUGGACACAGAAGAUCACUCAGCGUCUUCUCCUGCGGGCAGAGGACGCUAUUCUUGAAGUCGGGUGA